CAUUCAAAGUGAUUCAUUUAGCAAAUCCCUAACUGAACGUCAAAUCAAGAUUAUGUUAUUGUUUAUUACCAAUAACAGCGUCAAUGGGUUGAUAAGCUUUCAUAUAAUAAGAAGAGGCAAGAGCCUUUGGCUAUCACAACAACAAUGACGUCCACAGCCGCAACAUUUUGCGUGUGCUUAUAUUUUGUAGUUGGUUUUGCCUUCAACUCUGCAGUUGUCCUUGAGAGCCGUUAUUCUCCUUCGAGACAGUCAACGACAAAGCUGGAAGACGGAUAUGAAAUACAUUUGUACUCGUACACUCCUGAAGGAUGGGACAAUGAAACCAUAGACGAAUCAAUCUUAAAAAUUAACCUCGAUUAUUUAGAAGAAAGGGGACCAAAGCCAGACAACGCAUCGGCUAGGGACACUAUUUUUGUGUAUGCCGACUUUUCCUUUACCACGACUGAAGUCAUCAAUGACAGGAGUUUGGCUGUGCUGCUUUCUCAAAGAAUUCCCGCAGUGAACAAUGAAACAGUGCCUUGUGAAAUCGCCAGCACUGACCCAAAGGAUCUGGUGGUGCAAAGGCUAUCAUGUAUCGCGAUGAACGAGUACAUUUACCUAGUAGCGGGCUUGUUGGAAGGGGUACCGUGCACGGAGGGCGAGCCCUGCAGAGACGACGGACUCAAGGUGUACAGCACCGCCAUCGUGUUCGACAAACAAGGAUAUUUAGUUGCAAAGUACAGAAAAUACAACUUGAUCAAUGAGGAAGCCAUUGAUAAGCCGUCUACUCUGGAGCCAGCCACGUUUACAACAGAAAGCGGCAUAACACAGGGGAUUUUCAUGAGCCAUGAUUUGCUUUUUGCGGAACCAGCCAACACCUAUUUCGCGAAUGGCGUGCGUCGUUUUGUUGACCUCGGAGCAACGGUGAAUACCAUGCCGUUUGGAUUCUCGCUUUCUGUUCAUUGGGGUUGGCAUUUCGCGAAUCGCGACAAAAAAAUUGCGUUGGCUACCUCCAACUACCAAAACUCGAUGCUAGGGUACACAGGCAACGGUAUUAUUUGGCCCUCAGGGAGCUACGCUUUGCUCUAUGGCCCAGGUGCUGGUGGUUUCGGAGUCUUGCAAACUGGAGUGACAGAUUAUACAAAAACUACCACCCAAGGGGAGUCAAAGAUCAACGGUCCGAUAACAUCUGAGGAAACCGACUUCACGGAUUACAGCUCUGUGCCAGUUCCACACAGCAGUUUGUCUGUCAACGAGGUCUCGGUUUGUCACGGUGAGGAUGAAUUUUGCUGCACCCUCACGUACAGAACGAUAAGAAACGCGGACGAAAUGUUUUACCAGUUGGUCGCAUUUGAUGGCAACAGAACUUCCCGAGAUGGCUCAGUUCUGUUCCCUGAACAGACCUGCGGACUGGUGGCAUGCUCUUCUGCGGACAAAAUGUCUUGCGGAGCCUCUUUGGAGGCGACCAACUACACUCAAGAGGUCUCAUUUACCGUGCUUUCGCUAAAAGGCAGUUUCUCGUCGGACAAAGUCAUUCCUAUCACCAUGGAUGCCGAGAAAUAUUUCCCUAUGAGUGAGAUAAGCAUGACUGUGCUUCAAAAUGGCAGCAGGUUUGACGUGAACUUGGUUUCAGAGGCCAGUAUUCAAACGAUGAAGACGUUUGCAAUUUCAUCAACAGACUUCAUAACGAAGUCUGGUGCCAAGCAUAUUUCAGCAUCCAUGAUGUUGAUUGCAAUUUCAUUCUAUAUUUUAUCUUCAUUCCUCUAAAAGCAUUCUUCAAAAAAAUUAAACAGUGCGAUUAAAUGCAUUUUUUGUAAUGGAGAAAUUUGACCGAUGAUUUUACCCAUCUUUAUUGAUCUUUGACGAAAAUAACUGUGAGAAAUUGACAAUUAAAACUUACAAAUUCAAUUUAAACAAGGUGAAUGAGUUUGAAACUGUAAUUUUAGGCUAGAAUAAGGUCUCGUGAAUGGCAUAUAUAGACAGUGUAGCCAUUAAAAUUUCACACCCAACCCUGAUUUUC